UACAAAAUGGCCGCCCCCUCUUUCUCUAAAAUGGCGGCGCCCGCAUUGGAGCAGAUUUUGUCGGAACUCCUGGAGCCCGACAGCGCCGGCAUCCGCCAGGCCACGGAGCGGCUGCGGGAGGCGCUGGAGGAGCCGGAGGGGCCCGAAGGCCUCGCGGAGCUGCUGAGGGGGGCGGCGAGGCCGCAGAUCCGACACUUGGCCGCCGUUCUGCUCCGGAGGCGCCUCCGGAAGCUCCCUCAGGAAUUGAUUGACAGGCUCCCCCAUGUCGUGGCCGAGGCCUUGGAGCGGGAGACGGAUUCUUGCAGCAGAGGAGCCCUGGCCCAGCUCGGGGCGCGGCUGCUGCUCCUGGGGGGCCCCAAAUUUUGGGAACCGUUGGAAAAAUGGAUCCAGGAGGCGGCGAGGGACCCCCAGAAAAUGGAGGUGAGGAGCCCAAAAUUCUGA